UGGGCUGUGGAGUCCAUCAUUCUGAAAAGAGAUUCUGUAGGUGCUGGGAGCCCUUCUGCUGGUCCAGCCAAGGGCAGGCCUGGGGCUUACAUCACAGAGCAGCUUCUACUUCCUGAUUCUGAACUCACAAAAAAAAAUCAAAACAGGUUCAGCCCCCCUUUUUUUUUUUUAAACUUCAGUCCACACUGGGUUUCCAUCACCAGCUCAGAGAGAAAGAGAGAGACACAGGCAGAAAAAACCCCGACUGACUGGAGGGGUGAAUUUCCUCUCCCUUUGGCCGCUGGGGCAAGCCAGCUGGGACCCUGAGGCUGCUCUGCCAGUUCCGGAGAGACCCGGGCAAGAACCUGGCCCCACCAUGGCCCAGAUGCAAUUCAAAGAUGCUUUUUGGUGUAAGGAGUUCACAGCCCAUACCGGCUAUGAGAACCUUCUGCAGCGGCUGCUGGAUGGGAGGAAGAUGUGUAAGGAUGUGGAGGACCUGCUGAAGCAAAGGGCCCAAGCAGAAGAAAGAUACGGGAAAGAGCUGGUCCAGAUUGCCCGGAAGGCAGGGGGACAAACGGAGAUCAACACACUGAAGGCCUCCUUUGAAAUCCUGAAACAACAAAUUGAGAACGUGGGAAACUCCCACAUCCAGCUCGCAGCCAUGCUGAAGGACGAACUGAAAAGCAUCGAAGAGUUUCGAGAAAGGCAAAAGGAGCAGAGGAAAAAGUACGAGAUGGCCAUGGAGCGGGUGCAAAAGAGCAAGCUGUCCCUCUACAAGAAGACGAUGGAGUCCAAGAAGAUCUAUGAGCAGAAGUGCAAGGAUGCAGAUGAGGCAGAGCAGAUCUUUGAGCGCAUCAGCUCUCAGGGCAACCAGAAGCAGGUGGAAAAGAGUCAGAACAAAGCGAAGCAAUGUAAGGAUGCAGCCAAUGAAGCAGAGAGGACGUACAAGCAAAAUGUUAACCUGCUGGAGAAGGCCAGGUGUGACUGGGAGCAGGAGCACCAGCAGACCUGUGAGGCCUUUCAACUGCAGGAGUUUGACCGACUCACCAUUCUCCGAAACUCGCUCUGGGUCCACUGUAAUCAGCUUUCCAUGCAAUGUGUCAAAGAUGAUGAGUACUAUGAAGGGGUCCGGAUAAGUCUAGAGGGCUGCAGUAUAGAGUCAGACAUAGACUUCUUCAUCCAGAAUAAAAUGACGGGAACAGAACGGCCAGAACCCAUUCUCUAUGAGAACUACUACGAGCGAAAUGCCAAUGGAGGCUCCCAUAGUCCCAACAUUUACCCCGCUUGUGGAAUGAUUAAGAGGUUCUCCGGGCUGUUACAGGGAAGCCCCAAAAACUCCACCGAGAACGUUGUCCCCUCCGCCCCUCCUUCAGGCCUCAUCUCCGCCCCUGUGCAGAAGAAUGACAUUGUCUACGCAGACAUUAUGCAUGCUAGUUUAGCCCCCCAAACCUCCACCCAGGACUACAGGGUGCUCUAUGACUAUACGGCCCAGAAUGCUGAUGAGCUGGACAUCACCGCUGGAGACAUCCUGGUGGUCAUCCUGGAGGGGGAAGAUGGAUGGUGGACAGUUGAGAGGAAUGGGCAGAGGGGCUUUGUGCCAGGCUCCUACCUGGAGAAGCUCUGAGGAAGCAGCCUGCCUCGACCCCCUCCCCUCUGUCCCACUCUGGGCCAUGCCCCUUGCCCUGGAAGAGAUGCCCUCUUAACCCCCUGGACUCCAAUUCUGGGGCCGGCUCACAUGGCCUCCGCUGUGAACCUUCUCCACCGCUUGUAAGGGGCCACACCUGGGGAGGUGGGAAGUCGGGCACAUGGGAUAGGAAGAGCCGGGAUCAGGAGUCAGGAGAGGCUUGGGUGCUCGUCCCAGUUCUGUCCUUAAUUCAGUAUAGGCAGUAAGAGUCUCUGACUCAGUUUCCCCUUCAUGAAAUUAAAGAGUUAGAUUGGAUGAUUUCCAAGUUUCUUCCCAGCAAGUUCCUUCCAGCUCUGACAUUGUUUUAAGCCCUUUCCAGCUAGUUCUCAAUCUCUCUCUCUCUCUCACACACACACACACACACACACACACACACACACACACCAAUUAAGAAAUUAAGAGCCAAAGGAUGUGUCCCUUACAGUAGGAGCUCAGAGGAGAAAGAAUCUGGAGGAGGUGGGGUGUUGUCUGCCCCUGGAAGAAUGGGAAGUAUCUGAUGGGGGAAAAAGUGGCUGGUUGUUCCAGGUGAGAGAGAGAGAGACAGACAGAGAGACAGAGAGAGACAGAGACAGAGAGACAGAGACUGACAGAGACAGAGACAGAGACAGAGACUGACAGAGACAGACAGAGAAAGAAAUACCAGGAAUGGUAUAGAGGGUGAAGAUGAGGGUCUGGGGGUGGGGCAGGGGUACAGGGGGAGAAGCAAGCAGACUAAAGUGUAGACUAUGGGAGGCAGAUGGUGUACGAGGAAGUUGAAUUGGGAAGAGAGGGGAGAGAGACAGACACACACAUACACACAUACACACACAGGGUAAGUGGAAAGUAAGGGGGGGAUUUGGGGAUGUGGGUGUGGGAAAUGAGUGAUCAGAAAGUGGAAUGGGCUGCCCCAGAGGUCAAGCAGAGACUAGACAACCACUUGUCCAUGAUGCUGUAGAGGGGAUCCCUGCAUGGGCUGCCCCCCCACACAGCUCCAGCCUGCCUGGAUGGUUAGAGCACAGGAUAGGGAGUCAGGAAGACCUAGGUUAAAAUUAGCUGUGUGAUCCUGAGCAAGUCACUUAAUUUAUCUGAUCUUCAGUUCCCUCAUCUGUAAAACGGAGAUCAUUACAGGACCUACCUCUCAGGAUUGUUGUGAGGCUCAGAAUGAGUUAAUCUUUGUAAUGUGCUUUUUCAAAGCUUAAAGGCUUGUAUAGGCGUCAGCUGUUCUUCCUAGUCUCUCAGGGGACAAAGGGACAGGCCCAGGCUGGCUGGUGAGGGGCUCAUCUUUCAGUCAGUCCCCACCCCCACCUCAGGACUGGGUGCAGAGGUCUCUGAUAGGCCGCCAGUCCCAUCAGUUUUGUACAAGUCCUACAGGCUCACACUCAACAACCCCACCCCCAGUGAGGUGAACCAUGGCCCGGUUCCCAUCAUACCGAUUGUGGUCUUCUUAAUAAAGACUAUGGUCCUUACUUGGCUCUUUCCCUAAUUGGAGAAAUCACACAACACCCGGUGCUGAAUCUCUGUUCUUCCUCUCUACUAGUGUAGAAAAUUGACUAGACUGAUGCUGCGAUCGCCAUUGUGUUUCCUCUUUCUUUUUGCCGAAAUUAAACAC